AUGGGUGAUGCCCUGCGACCAAGUGAUGAUGAAUUCAGCGAGGUCCUCCAGCAGAGUCUCAAGAUAUGGACUUCGUAUCUGGGUACUGGGGACAAACAGGGCCUUAUCCCCCGACAAGCCAUAAAUAUGAGACCUCUCGUCAGUCAGACCCCGCCUUUCCUCGGUCAUGGCCUUGCUUCGAACGAGACAAUCUCGUUCGCUUGCGAGGAAAAUAAAUCCCAAGACAUACUUCACAUCAAUGGCAGAUCAACGUGGAAGACUUCUAAAGGAAUCUGUGACCUACCACCAAAGGUUUUGCCGAAGCAACUUCUAUUAGCAGUUGACCGUCAAAUAAGUGUGGAAUUGUCUGAAGAUGCUCCUCUUUCAGACUGGCCUGGAGUUCAGGGGCUUUCCGGCUAUGACGAAGGAAACUACCUAUCCGUUCUUUACUUUGCAUGGGCUUAUAUCCUAUCUGCUCGAUGGGUUGAGUUGCUUAAUCGCUCUGCUGACCACGAAUGUCAUAUGGGCUACACUACGGAUCGGAUAGAGGGUCGAUUGCCACAGCCGAACAAUCAAUCUCUUGUUCAAAUUGACAUCGGCCACGAUGCUUCUGAGGAAGAAGUCCGCUGGUGGCAGGCUAUUUUGGGCUCUGACGAAGGCUGGGAUGCGACCGUGAAAUAUAAUGGCCACGUAUAUUUGUCGCCAUGGUCGAUUUCGGCAAAGAAGGCGGGAUUUAACUUGGCCACUAAGGAUUUUUUGAGCGCCAUGUCAGAACCACCAUCGUCGGAAACCGCUCUCAACUAUCUCUCGCGUUUCUGUGUGCGCCAUCAUCUCUAUGCCCAGUGCUCGGUCGCUCUUGCUGGGGUGCUCUUCAUUCCAUUCCUAGGGGAGGGACCAAUAUCACUUCCCCUUCCAAGACAAGCUUCUCGGCCGGAACUAACACAUCGUGUUAAUGGCUCGCCUGUUUCUAUUCCAGAUCUUCUUGCUGAGCACAACGAAUUACUUCCUAAGUAUAUGACGUUGAGCUGCAAUAUAUGGGGGUUGCGUUCUAUUCUAUAUAGCACAUUUUUCAAUCCAGAUAUUGAGUGCAAUCUCGUCAGCGCCUGGUUGAACCCGGCUUUUGCGAUUCUCAAUUCCAUCUCACCUAAUGAAUUGGGCCCUUUUUUGGCAACUCGAAAGCCUCUACUCGGACCUCUCUGGCUUGGUGCAAUUCUCACAGGUCCCGCGACGAAAAUUUUACGUGACAUGCGGACAGGAAUGGUAGCUUUCGAUCUUGCAGCAUCGGCCUGGGUCAAAACAGCACAGACAUUCUUGACCUCUAAAAUGGGGACUAGUGAUGGUGAAUCAAUACGCCGCGAUGACGAAUGCCGGUUGUCAUUCAUUACUGCCUGUGAAGGCCAUGACCGACCUCCAAUCUGGCCUUGGAAGCCCUUUGGGAGCACACCAAUUUGCGACACAGACCUGGGCGUCCGACACCAUGUUCAAUGUGCUCAUUGCCUAGAAUACGAGUCUUGGGAAUGGAUGUUGACAAAUGACGAUUCAAUUCGGGAUUUCAGAAAGGAUAACAGCGAGUCCACCGAUCAAACACCGCAUUCCGCCCCCAAUAUGACACCGGCAGCACUCAGCGAUUACAAAUAUGAUUUCUUCACGCAAACGCACUCGGAAGGAUCAACCUGUGGGAUAUUUGGAUGGUUGAGAGGAACUGGUUAUCCUCUUAGCGAAAAACCCAUAUACCAGCAUUCAUGGGUCGAUUUGGAAAGCAGUGACGAAGAAGAAGAGCCCGAUGAUGCCGAAUCUGACGUGGAAAAGCACCGGAGUGCAAAGAAAAAGCACGUUGACACAUGGCUUGACGGAAUCGAAUAA